AUGAAGUCCAAUCCUGCCAUCCAAGCCACCAUCGACCUCACAGCGGGCGCCAUAGGGGGCACAGCAUGUGUCCUGACUGGGCAGCCUUUCGACACAGUGAAAGUGAAGAUGCAGACGUUCCCCGGCCUGUACAAGAGCUUCACCGACUGCUGCCUGAAGACUUACUCCCAAGUGGGUUUCCGCGGCUUCUACAAGGGGACUGGCCCAGCGCUGAUUGCCUACGUCGCCGAGAACUCUGUCCUCUUCAUGUGCUAUGGCUUCUGCCAACAGCUUGUGAAGAAAGUAGUCGGAUUGGACAAACAGGAGAAGCUGAGUGAACUGCAGACCGCAACUGCGGGGUCCUUCGCCUCCGUGUUUGCUGCGCUGGCCCUGUGCCCCACUGAGCUUGUGAAGUGCCGGCUACAGACCAUGCACGAAAUGGAAAUGUCAGGGAAAAUAACAAAAAGCCAGAACACAGUCUGGUCCGUCGUGAAGAGUAUCCUUAGAAAGGAUGGCUUCUUGGGCUUCUACCACGGACUUUCGAGCACUCUACUUCAAGAAGUACCGGGCUAUUUCUUCUUCUUUGGUGGCUAUGAACUGAGUCGAUCAUUUUUUGCCUCAGGGAGAUCAAAAGACGAACUAGGCCCUGUCCCUUUGAUGCUAAGUGGUGGAAUUGCUGGAAUUUGCCUUUGGCUUGUCAUAUACCCAGUGGAUUGUAUCAAAUCCAGAAUUCAGGUUCUUUCCAUGUCUGGAAAACAGGCUGGAUUUAUGGGAACUCUUGUAAGUAUUGUGGAAAAUGAAGGAAUAGCAGCCUUAUAUUCUGGAAUGAAAGCUACUAUGAUUCGAGCAUUCCCUGCCAAUGGAUCACUAUUUUUAGCUUAUGAAUAUAGCAGGAGGAUGAUGAUGAGCCAGUUUGAAGCAUAUUGA